AUGUCAGGGAUACAAUCUUAUUUCAAACGUCAAAAGAGAACAAAUACAGAACCUGAAUCCUAUGAACCUCAUAGACAAAAUGUUUCAAUUGUUGAAAAUUCUUCUCAAUCUCAAAGACAAAGUGUACCACCACAAGCAUCUCAAUUUCAAAGUUUUCAAUCACCACCUGAAGCAAAAAUUAAUAUAGAAAAUCUUGAAGCGGAUCCAGGAAAAAGACCUUCACUUUAUUCAAUGACAUCAAAUCCUAUAGAGAGAGAGGAUAUUCGGAGAGCUUAUUUGCUCAAGGGUCCAACUCAACCAAUUCUUAAACCAUUCCAUCAAACGGAAAUGUUUGGAAAAAUGCGUAGAUUCAAUUCUAAGUGGUAUGAAGAAUUUGGUUCUUGGUUGGAGUAUAGUGUAUCACGAGAUGCAUGUUUUUGCUUAUAUUGUUAUCUAUUUGAUAUAGAGGUUAGAGGUAGUGGUUCAGCGAAGGAGGCAUUUGUCGGUGUGUGGUUCAAAAAUUGGCAGAAGAAGGAUAGAAUCAAAGUUCAUGUUGGAGAUCAUAGGAGUGUUCACAAUAGAUCUUAUCAAGCUGGUCAAGAUUUGAUGAAGCAAAACCAACAUAUUGAUAUUGCCUUUUCAAAUAUUUCUGAACAACAAAGAAUUGAUUACUGUAUUCGCCUGAAAGCUUCUUUAGAUUGUGCUAGAUACUUACUACGAAAUGGUCAGCCUUUUCGGGGACAUGAUGAAUCUGAAAGUUCAAAUAAACAAGGUUUAUUUCUUGAAACUCUAAAGUUUUAUACUAAGCCAAAUAAGGAGAUGAGUCAUGUGGUCUUGCAAAAUGCCCCCGAUAAUCACAAAAUGACUUCACCAAAAAUUCAGAAAGAUCUUGCUCAAGCUUGUGCUGAUUUGACUGUUAAAGCAAUAAUUACUGAUCUCGGCAAUGAUUACUUUUCCUUGCUAGUUGAUGAAGCUCGUGAUGUUGCAAUUAAAGAACAAAUGGAAGUUGUACUUCGAUACUACUGCAAAAUCACUAAAAGCAGCGAUUGA